AUAACGAAACUACCUCACAUUUAAAAAAUAUUUUUAUUUCAUACAUAGCAGUUUUUAUUUGAAAUCGUGUAAUUCUGGUUGAUAAUAAUUACCAUUUCAAGAUGGAAAUAACCACCAAAAACUUCUCCGAACAACUUGACGACAUAACCAAAAACUUGAAACGUUCAUGUUUCGUCGGUUUCGAUGCUGAAUUCAGUGCGAUUUUAUCGGGAGAGACCUUUAAACACAGGUUAUUUGACUCAAAUGAAGAGAGAUAUGACAAGUUGAAAUCCAAAGUAAACCAGAUGAUAAUGACGCAGAUAGGUUUGACGAUGUUCCAGUACAAUCGGGAUAUUGAUACAUACAACGCCGUCUGCUACACAUUCCAUUUGUGCCCUCAAGUGUUCGGGGAUAUUGACCAAUCAUUUAUAUUCCAAGCAUCUACAGUCAAGUUUCUGUGUCGACACAAUUUUGACUUCAAUAAGUUCACAUAUUUUGGUCUUCCAUACCUCAGUAAAGCUGAAGAAGAAGUUAUAAAGCAGCAACUGGAAGAUAACACUCUGUUCCAAAAUCUUUCUCGCAGUUUAGAGAUUGAGGAUGAAAGAUUGUUGCAAAGUUGUUGCUCUGAAGUUUCCAAAUGGCUUAGCAACAGUGAGGAAGGCACACUGUACCUAGACAUCAAGAAUCCAGUUCUCCGGUACAUCACUCACAACGAAAUCAGAAUGAGAUUCCCAGGUGUGCUGACCACUGAUAGCUUAGGUAAUAGCAAUAAGGUACUUAUAUACAGAGAUAAAUUGGUGGAAGGUGCCAACAGUGCCCCAAAAACUGUCCUUGAAGAGAAUUUGAAAGCGCAUUUGUUGGGCUUUUCACAAAUCAUAGACCUACUAGCUUCAUACAAAAAACCUAUCAUUGGGCAUAAUAUAUUUUUGGAUACUAUACUUCUGCAUAAUCAGUUUAUAGGGCCUUUGCCAAAUAAGUACUCAACAUUCAAGAAAAACAUCCAUGAGUUAUUUCCCAAUAUCUAUGACACAAAGUAUAUUUCUCAUGAAAUGGCAAAAAUGUUAACAUUUGAUGAAGUGUGGAAAUCAAAUGCACUGCAAGAUUUAUAUGAAUUCUUUUCUGAGAGAAAAUGCAAGAAGUUAGAACAAGGUGUGAAUCCCAUAAGAUUAAGUAUUCCUUUUGCUGUGAAACAGUCGUACCAUGAAGCUGGAUGGGAUUCAUAUUGUUCAGGCUACUGCUUCAUCCGACUGGGCCACUGGGCUGCGUGCGUCAUCAGCGGCAAAAACCGGCCUGUCGGGCCCCGGGAGACGCUAGCCGCCAUGUCUCCUUACUGCAACCGGGCCAACACUAUAAGGGGAGCCAUGCCCUAUGUGAAUUUCAUUGGAGAGGAUCCCAAGUCCCACCGUCCCAACGUACUACACAUCAAGGCUUUGAAAGACCGAGUUAUCAACGUGGGACAGGUGGCGAGCACGCUUGCAAAUUUCGGCAACAUAGACAUCAAGCCUUACGGCAGCCGGACUGCCCUCAUAGCGACGAGUACGCAGUAUACGGCGGAUAAAAUCCUGAAGCAAUUCAAAAACAGCCGCGAGUACAGGAUCUCUGAGUUCAGCGUAUACAAACACAGCGUGGCCAGCCGGGUGGCGAUGUGGAGCGGCGCCAUACUCACGGGAAGUUUGAUGUUAUAUUUUUUCCAUAGAAAGAUGAAAUAAGUAGUUUAAAUACUGUUAUGUUAUAAGUCUGAGUAACAGCUUCCAAAUACAAUAAAUGUUACUCUGAUUAUAAUUAUGUUAAUUAGCACAAAGUGACUAACUAGUAGUUAAUAAAGAACUUGUUACUUGUUAAGAAUUAAACCUCGUGCCAGUACUUAUGUACAAACUCAUAGACUGAUUAUUGUUUUGUAGGAUCAAUCGAUUUAAGCAAAGAAUAUAUGAAUCAGUUGCAAUAUAAAAUAGAUUAUAUUAUG